AUACAAUAAAUAGAUAGAUCGAUCAUCAGUUCUCUUCUCUCUUUCUGGGAGAGAGUGUAUAUGAAUGUCUGUAAAUCUUUGAAAUUGGAAUUAGGGUUUUCACAAAAUCGAAGAAGAAGAAGAAGAAGAUGACACAGAAUACUGGGAAAUUAACCCCAAAUCUAGAUAAAGAAAGUACAAAGAUCCUUAAUCUUACUGUUCUACAAAGGAUCGAUCCUAAUAUUGAAGAGAUUUUGAUUACCGCUGCUCAUGUCACUUUCUAUGAAUUCGACGUUCAGCGUAAUGAAUGGAGCCGUAAAGAUGUCGAAGGAUCUCUUUUCGUUGUUAAGAGGAAUACUCAACCGAGAUUCCAAUUCAUAGUCAUGAAUCGGAGAAAUACAGACAAUCUUGUAGAAGACCUGUUGGGAGAUUUUGAGUUCGAAAUCCAGCUUCCUUAUCUGUUAUAUCGUAAUUCAGCUCAAGAAGUUACUGGUAUUUGGUUUUUUGAUGCGCGAGAAUGUGAAGAUGUUGCGAAUCUGUUCAAUAGGAUACUCAGUGCAUACGCCAAAGUUUCCCCAAAGCCUAAAGUCUCUCCAACGAAAAAUGAAUUCGAGGCAUUGGAACCUGUCUCAAACAUGGCUGUGAUGGGGGCCCCACUCGAGCCAUCGCUUUCAACUGUAUCUAGAGAUGUUCCCGCUGAUUGUUCUUUAGCGAACCUUUUCAGUGGGGCUAGGAAUAUGGGAAAUGCUUCUAAGGCAGCAAAUCAAGAACAGCACCACCCGUCUCCUACAACAAUCCCUGCAUCAUCUCAUGCACCCUCUGGUCUCUUAACCUCCCAAAUGGCAAUGCUGCAAAUGCCAUCCGCUCCUCCAUCAACUUCAUCUACUCCAUUAAUCCACAUGUUCGAAACUCCUGGAACCAGCAACAAUAGUAACCGUGUGACCAACCUUCUCAACCCUUCUGCGUUUUCUGCACCUACUUCUUCCCCAUCUGCACUGUUGAUGCCACCAGUGUCCUCUUCUGCUGUUGCAACUGCUCCUAUUCAUCACUCACCAGUCAAUUUUCAACAGCUGCAUGGGGCUCCUUUCCUUCAACCAUUCACACAACCAAUUCCAUCUCCUUUUUUCACACCUACUCCAUUCUCAGAUCCUGGGGUAGUUGUCACCAGAGACAGAGUCCGUCAAGCACUCGUGAAGCUUGCUCAGAACAAUCAAUUCAUCGACAUGUUCUGUGAAGAGCUACUGAAGGCAUGAAUCAUUCAAGGAGACGAGAAAGCUCAGAGUAGAACUGAAUUGUGUCGGAUGCAGUAAAAGAAGAAUCAAGCAUCCAUUCUUCAACCAGGGUUUGUAUAGUUCUUUAGAUUUCGAUGACCACCUUUCCGUUUCUUUGUGUUUCUUUUUUCUUCGUUUUGGUUUACCUUCAAGAUAAAUGUAGUCUGUUAUUAUGUGAGAUAAGAUGUGUAGUCAUAUUUGGUUGUAAUCUAAUCAGCUUCCAUACACCAUUAGUUCAGUCAGUAGUGAUUAGUGUCCACCCAUUUGGGUUUGUAAUCAGAUUUCUCUUUGCGAAAAUAAGUUUGUUAUGUCAAACUACAUUUCGGUUAAAUUUGUAAGCAGAACAAAAAAGAGACUUACAAUCAGCAGCAAAGUUGAACCUGUCAGGGAUUCAUUAUUCCACUAAGGGAUUAAUUGGUUAGUUCUCUUCUGA